AGAUCAUAACACCACACAUAUUACCACAGACAGAUACACAGACAGACAGACCGGAGGUGUCUGAGAGCAGAUAACUGAAACUGGUGUGUAGUUGAUACAGCCUUGUGUUUGGUGUGCAGUUUUGCCUAGCGUGUCGGUCAGUUAGGGGCAGGAUGGGGUGUCUCCAGCCGUACGUUACCAGUAUCCUGUUCUUCCUGAGUGGACUCAUCCAAUGGGGCGGGGCCAGGGUGCUUGUGGAGGUGCAGUCUGGCCCUCUGCAUCGUGUGAUUGGCUACCCUAUCUCCAUCUCCUGCAACGUGAGUGGCUUCUCUAACCCGUCGGCCCAGCAGGACUUCAGAUUCUCAGUCUACAAGCCAAAAAACCCCACCCAGGAGAUCCAGAUCAUCAGCACAGAUGACCAAAACUAUGCCAUGGCGGUGUACGGCGUCCGCGUCAGGGGAGGUGUCAUCACUCUGGAGCGCCUGUCAGUGACCUCGGUCCUUUUCCAUGUGAAGAGUCUGGAGGAUGGGGACGAGGGAGAGUAUGAGUGCCACACCCCAAACUCAGAAGCUGUAUAUGACGGGACAUACAACGCAAAGACCACAUUGAAGGUGAUUGGGGACACCCUGACCGCCUCCUCCACUGGCCCCGCCUCCUUUAGCCUAUCAGAGGGUGACGACCUAACCCUGCAAUGUCUCGCCUCCAGCAACACCUUCCAGCACACCCACCUGUCCAUCACCUGGUAUCACCAUGGAGACAGGGAAGCCUCACCCCACCCCAUCAUCUCCCUGGACCGUGAUUUGAAGGUGAGUCCGGGUCAGCGGUUUGAGGGUCGAUACCAGGCAGGGUUCAUUGUUUUGGACAAGCUGGAGGAGGCCACCUACAGGCUGAAGAUGGCAAGGAUUGAGCUGUCCGAUGCAGGGAGGAUCUCCUGCCAGGCCCAGGAGUGGAUCCAAGACCCAGACCGGAGCUGGUACCGAAUCGCCCAAAAAGACACACAGCCAACCACUUUGGAGGUCAAAGCCAUAGUGGUGGCUCCAGACCAGGGCUCUAGUUCUAUGGUGGUGAGUAUGACCGUGCACAAAACACACCUUCAAGAGGGGGAGGAGCUAUCUUUGCAGUGCAUUGUGAACACACAGGGCCCGGUGGGUCAGUUCUUCUCAGUGGCCUGGGUCAAGGACAACCAGGAGCUGGCCAAUAUUGGGCCCACGGGGGUCCUGUCUGUGGGGCCGGAGUAUGGGGGGCGAGAGAGAGGGGGUGAGCUCAGAGCUGUGCGAACGAGGGAGAAGACACACCUGCUCAACCUGCGACCUGUCAGAACCCAGGACCAGGGAGUGUACCACUGCAGGGCCUGGCCAGAGGAGAGGGAUGGGAACGGGAUCUUCACACAGGGAUCCACCCAGGACUCCACCACAGAGACUAUCACCAUCACAGCUACAGAAAGUGGUUUGGCUGUUGCCGUGGAUACCCAACAGGUGAGUGUUGACGAAGGGGAUGCGCUGCAACUCACCUGUAGAGUGAGCGGGGUCAAGGGUCAGCUCUCUGUCACCUGGCAACACAGAUCAGCCUCAAUGGCAACAGGCCCCUUCAGUGAUGUCAUCAGCCUGAGCCGUGUGGGUGUGAUGGAACUGGGGGCAGAGUUUAGGAAGCGUAAUGUUCGUACAAUGCGUCCCAUGGCAGACAUAUUCACCCUGGAGCUGGGUGAGGUCACGCCCUCUGACGCAGGAGCCUAUCAGUGCACCGUCUCUGAGUGGACCACGGAAGCCAACGGCAACGGCAAGAAAACUCACAGCCAAUCACAGGACUGCAGCGUAGAGGUUCAUCAUGUGGAGUCUCUGCUGAGUGUGUACCUGAGUAGUCGUGGUGUCCAGGUGACAGUGGGGGGAGAGGUGGAGCUGGUGUGUCGGGUUCAAGGGCCCUCCCUCCCCGUUACUGUAACGUGGAGCCUGCAGCGUGAGGGGCAGUCUGCCCCAGACAACAUCCUGACCCUGUCGUACACUGGUGACAUCACGUGGAGUGGCGACCAGAGCAAUUACCAGUUGAGGGCGACCACCGGGAAGAAGGAAGUGCGUUACUACCUCCGCAUCAUCAAAGCGAGCCACAAGGAGGCUGGGCGCUACCAGUGUGUGAUCUCAGUGUUCCUGCAAGGGAGACACAGGAAGCCACAGAACUCCAACGCUCUGGGUGUGCUGGUCCAGACUCCAAAGGGUGUACUCACCUUGUCCUCUAGCUCCUCCCCUCUGGAUAAGAGUGUCAAUACAGACAUACAGAUGGAAUGCUCCGUAGCCAAAGCAACCUCUAACUCAUCCCGCUUCGCUGUCAGCUGGUUGGCCCAGAAGAACGGGGAGGGGAACAAGACGGUCCUCAGCUCAGACCGUGAUGCUGUGAUAACGCUAGGGCUGGGAUUAGGCACAGAACAGCGAAUCAGCAUGAGAAGACGUGAGGGGCGGAGCUUUGAGCUGACCAUUCGACAGGCCCGUAGCUGGGACAAUGGGAUGUACUACUGCGUGGUGGAGGAGUGGCUACAGGAUCCUCACGGCCAAUGGUACAAGCUCCCGCCCUCUUCUGCAGCCAUGGAACUCCGCCUAAAAGAGACAGUGACUGACCUCAGUGUUAACCAGACAGAUCUGGAGAUGGAGGUCAAAGAGGGGGAGGGGGCAGAGUUGACCUGUGCCUUGACCUCAGGUGACCCCGCCUCUCUCUACUCUCUCACCUGGUUCUACAUGAGGCGUGGCUCCUCCUCCUCUCUCAGGGUUCCUCUAGUGAUUCUUGGCCAUGAUGGUGUCCUGAAGUACCCUGAGGACCAGGACAACCAAGGGCUCCAGGACCAGAAGGGGAGGCUGAUCUUCUCCAGGCCCACCCAUGGUACCUUUCUGCUGGGUCUGCAGAGAGCUCUUCAGGGUGACAGUGGAGUCUACCAGUGUCAAGUGGACCAGUACAAGCUCAUUCAUAGCAACUGGGAAUUAAGCGCCACCAACCAAUCAGGAACAACCAACCUCACUGUACGACGACCAAUAGAAGAUGUGUCUGAGUUGCUGUCUGAACGAGGAUUCGUUACUGAAUCAAUUCUAUGCAUCUUCAUCCCUCUUGUCUGUAUCCUGGCGAUUCUUGUCGUGGUGCUGUCAAUCAAGCUGAAGCGGCAGGGCUCAGCUGGAAACAAGAAACAGGCCAAAUCUCUGUGGCUGGAGUUUAACCCACUGAAUCCACGCCCAGAAGACUGAGCACAGGGGAGAGGAGAGAAGUGAAACAGAGAGAGGAUGCGUAGAUGAGAGGAAGAGUACAUCAGUGAGGAGAGAAAAGGAGAGGAUGUGGGAUGGGGAGGGAUUAUAAGAGUGGGAAAAGGGGGAUACGUGAGAGAACAGGAAAGGAGAUGGGAGAGCGUGGUCCUUCUGUAGCUCAGUUGGUAGAGCAUGGCGCUUGUAACGCCAGGGUAGUGGGUUCGAUUCCCGGGACCACCCAUACGUAGAAUGUAUGCACACAUGACUGUAAGUCGCUUUGGAUAAAAGCGUCUGCUAAAUGGCAUAUAUUAUUAUAUUAUUAUUAUAGGGCAGAAUGAGCUUUUUUAUGUUAAUGUGGUUGAUUUUUGGAUCCAAGCAUGCUUUUUACUUGUUUACAAAUAGGAUUUACAGUUGCACACAUUUUCUAGAACUUGAAAUGUACAUUGGCACUGCUUUAACUUUGAGACAACUUUUUUCAAAUGUAGUUUUACAUCAGUAUUCUCUGAUCACUCAAAACUCAAAGGAUCAUGUCUGAUCAUUGUUUGUAUGAAUGAGUUUUUCACAAAUAUUAUAUUUGUGAAUUGUUGAAAGACAUUCUGCCAUGUUCUGUACUCAUUUGUAACAUUUUGCCUCAAGAAUGAAUUAGUUUUAUUUCUUAACUUGUUUGAGUUGGGACUGCUUACGAGACUUUUGAAACACUUCUGAAAGAACUCUGAGAAAGACUUUAUGGUAUCACAAACAUUCUAUAUAAAGAGAUGAAUAAAGCGCUGCUCUCAGACAUGUAUCAUUUGUAAAGUUGCUGGUGUAUUAUCUGGUUUGUAAUAAAUAGAGUAUUAUGACAUGAUU